AUGGACUACGUCUACGAAAAGAUUGCUGGCAAAGGACCGGCUCGAAGAUAUAAUUUGGAGAAAUGUCGAAAAGAGCUCGAAAGAAGUUGCAACAACUACCAGAACCGUGGCAAUUGCUUCCCUCCCACACCGCGUACUACACCAAGCAGUGCGCCUAAUUCACAACCGCAACACUCUCCACAACACAAGAAUGUUCGAUUCCAGACUCCUCAAUCGCUGAACGAAACCGCGCACAUUCCUCAGAGAAUCAAGCGAUGCCCGUUUCAAUACAACGAGGAUGAGCUCCGGCACCGAGCUGAGCGAAUCAGGGCUGAUCUCAGGCCGAAACUUGAGCCUCGAGCCCAUCAGCCUCAUGUGUUGUCUUCGGAUCCUUUGGACGUUCACACAGGCCAAGACUUCUCGAAUGACGAUUCUAAUAACAAUCGAAACAAUAACAGCUUCGCGCCUCGCCGGCAUCCAACACUGCAUCGACAGAAUUUGACGUAUGACGAUAUUAUUGCGAUACGGGAUACCGCUGUGCGCAUCGCAAAUGAUUGUGCCGUCCGCGACGAACAGCCCUAUCCCGAAUCACCCCGUCAAGAGACUCUGCGCAGCACACGAUCUACAACUGGGCUGGAGAAAACCGAGACUCAAGAUGCUGAUCCCACUGGCUCAGACGAGGGACAGGAUGACAAUGGCAUCAGUAUCACUGAAGAUGGUUGCAUUAUCCAACAUGGCUUUGACAUCUCGUCCAUAACCUUUUCUCCUACAGACACUGCUCAUCCCAGAUGCGAUUCAGCAUGUGAUGUCAAACACACGACACCUAAGCAAGAACCUCGCAAAGAGCCAUUCAGGGCAAGCGUCAGGAAUACAAAAGGUGCAAGGGUCCCGGUCUGCUUUCGCAAACAAGAAAUCUUGCAUCAACGAAAUGUAUCGCAUCUUACAGCUUUGUUCUCUGGUCCGUCCUCUUCGCAAUCUCAGGGAACUGUACAGGAGAAGCUACGCAAACCAGAUGAGCAGCAACAACACAAAAGAAUGCCAGUUCCUGCACGUCCUUCUGUCUUCUUCUCGGGCUCCAGCUCAUCAGGCGCUGUUGUGUCUGAUAGUGAGGAUGAGGGUGAAGGACAGAUGAGUCGCGAGACUACGAAGAUUGACAGUGCUACGAGCUCAACCGUUUGUGCUGAUGGGACUAAGGACAUGGCAUCUCUUGGUAGUGUUGCAACCCUUGUCAACUUGAACAAGCUUGCUGAAACUGUGAAGAUAAGCGAUCGUUUGCCGCAGCAUUCUGCACGACUCUCGCCUCUAUCAUCAUCAAAGCGUCUAGCCCCGAGUCCUCUUCAAGUCAGGCAGAAUCGACUUCCUCAUGCUGGUACACACCUCCCACAGCGGCAAUCAGAGCAUCCUGACUUUACUUCUCAUCCUCGAGGGCAAGAUACUAGCAGACCUCCACCUCUUCAGAGCCGCAAACCGCAACCACAACUUCUUCGCUCUCAUCAGACGGCCAAAGUUCUUCUGGACCACCGGCAACAUCGUCGUGUCCCAAAGCCGCCAUCUCCUCGCGCUCAAUCUCCGUGCCAGGCUCUUGGUCUUCGUCUACCUCCACAACCGUAUCACGAAAACCACAACUAUGUUUCUACGCUCCUCGACAAGAUUGAGAAAAAUGGCGGAGGCCGCCCUGCGAACUUUAGCUGGGAUCAUGUUGCCCCUAUGCAUGGAUUCAGCUCAUGCCAUGCCUUUUACGUCCUCGACUAG